AUGCCCGCUACUCGACUACCUGUUAACCUCGCUGGUCCCCCUUUGACCGAUCGUGAGGCCAUCGCUGAUGCCUGCUACCGCACCACGGCCUCUAUUGACCACGCCGACGAAGAGCUCUUCUGGUCAGCCGUGACUGACGACAUAUAUGCCGAAGUUGCUGGUACAACUGUUACCAACGCACAAGAUUUGAAGACCAAAGUUUGGGACAAUAUCAUCAAGGUCGACACUAUCCACUACCUCAGCAACAUGCGCAUCAGCAUUGACACACCAACAACGGCUCGAGUGACUUUCACGUCUCUUGCCCAGCACUGUCGGCGCGGAAAAGGGUUUGAGCCAGGCCCUAACAAGUUCACCACUGGUGCCAUCUUCAACUGCGACGCCGUCAAAGUGGGUGAUCUCUGGAGGUUCAAGACAUGGAAGGCGAACCAUGUCUGGGGUGAUGGUGACCCAUCUGUCAUGGCGGUUUAG